AUGCCCACGUCUCAGCGAGGCGACCGUUUACUCCACGAGCUUAAAGGUUUCGAAGCUCUCUGGGAUAUCAGCGACCGACGCGCCAGCCUUGCCGAGCUCAAAAAGCUCCUCGACGGGCAACUGUACUGGGUCCCGUCGGCGAGGUACAUAACGUCGGGCUGGGCGCAGGCGGCCGCCUCCUCCCCAUCGACCGCACGAACAUCCGACUCGGUCGUCGCACCACGGAUCAUCUUCCUGUUGUUGAAACCACAGCCCAGCCCGCCGAACGGCCCGUUGCCCAGGCACACAUGGUCGCGGCCGCGGCUGUGCUGCUGGUCGUCUGGCGCCAUGUCUUCGUCAAAGACCACGGCCUAUGAGCCGGAGAUCGCCAUUCUCACUUUCGUUUACGACAAGGUCAACAGGAGGACAUUUCGCUAUGCCCUCAUCAUCAAUCUCACCUUCGCGGAGUUCAUUCAACACGUCAGCAGCACAGCAUCUGGGAUUUAUAUUCUCGUGACUGGUACCUCUAUUCCCUCGGGAUCCAUGUGCAAUGUGAACGGGUGGAUCGGUCAGGUUGCCGUGAUGGCAUCAGGCUUUGGCGUGCUCUCAAUAGCACUCGUCACACUUCUAAUCUUCUUCUUCAACGACUGGGCUAUAAGAGCAUCUAUGUUGUCCAAAACCAUAAUAUGUGCCUUCGUUUGGCUGCAACCAUUGGUCGCCGGCACUAUCGCUCUGCUCAUGGACAAGUACAACGGCGUAUCUGGCAACUGGUGCUGGAUCAGCUUCGAAGAGAAGACCCUGCGCUGGGCCUUGGGACACGCUUGGCGGUUAUGCAUUGUGACCAUCAUGCUUGUCAUCUACGUCUUCAUCUUCGCUCAGGUGCGACGGCGCUUAAAGAAACGACAGAACGCCUUGGACAUGGACCUGAAAAGAAAUUCCUCCAUUGCGUCAACCAUUACACGACCACCACUGGUCCGAUCUGCGUUUUCCAAUGACGAGGAUGAGAAAAGCAGCCGACUCGCUCGUCUGGCUCUGAAACCUGGCUUGCGAGUCCUCCAGAGCUCCAAACUUGACCAGGAGACUCGACACUGGGCCAUGAUAGCUGCGUUUCCUCUGACUUGUGUUCUCGUUUUGAUGCCACAGAUCAUCAACCGGGUGGCCGAGUUGGCCGGAUACCAGCUGAAGUGGCUGGCCGUAUCUUAG